AUACAGACACAGCGAGCUUGCCAAAAUAUUAACGUGAUACUAUUGAGAAUAUAAAAUAAACUACAGUUCACGUGAUUCGUCCGACAAAUUCGAACUCUCUGAAUUUGGCAGCCGCGCAACAUUGUGAUAGACGUCAAAUUCAUCAUUUUUCGGCUAACGUUUAUAGUGAAAUCAUGCAUAGUAUUUCGGAGGGCCCAAACAGAGAAGAUAAAGGUAGCACUCACUUGGAAGAACCGGAAAUAGAUGUCAAGAGGGCAACAUUUGAGGAAGCUGUCGAAGAAACUGGGUUCGGGAAAUUCAACCUAGUCUUGCUUUUGGUGCUUUUCUUUCCAUGUCUCUCUCAAGUUCUCGAGACUGUAAACAUAUCAUACGUCUUGCCUAUAGCACAGUGUGAUCUAGGUAUAUCUCUAGAAGACAAAGGAUUCAUUAUCAGUGUAUCCUUCAUAGGUAUGGUGGUUAGUGGAUUCUUUUGGGGAGUGUUAAGCGACUCUUUUGGAAGAAAAAAAGUGUUAGUUUACGGAUACUUUCUGAACGCCUUUUUUGCUAUGAUCGGUGCCUUUGCUACAUCGAAAACUAUGAUCAUAAUCGCAAAAUUCUUUGGAGGAUUGAUAAUAAGUGGUCCCUUUUCAGCAGCAAUAGCGCACACGACAGAAUUCCAUUCAAAAAAGUACCGCAGCAAAGUGCAGUUCAUUAGGGGCAUGAGUAUAAGUUUUAGCAAUUUGUUAUUGCCGCUUUUUGCCUGGGCGAUAUUGCCCUACCAGUGGGAUUUUAGUAUAUUGGAAUAUAAUUUUCACUCCUGGAAUGUAUUUCUUAUGGUAUGUGCGACAGUACCGUUGCUUGGUGGCAUAUGCUAUAUGUUCUUGCCUGAGAGCCCUAAGUAUCUAAUGAGUCAAGGGAAAAAUACGGAAGCUAUGGAGGUUUUCCAGAAAGUUUAUGCUGUCAAUACGGGAAAAGGGAAGAGUACGUUCACUUACAAGGAACUUAUUAAAGAGACUAACGUAAGCCAGGAUACCUCAUUCGAGCAGCGAAGUCCAUUGGAGACCAUAAAAAAUGGCAUAGAACAACUGAAACUGAUUUUACAUAAACCGUAUACUUCAAGGAUGAUACUAGCCUGUGCUGCGUCACUUCUAGUGACAUCGAGUAAUAACACGUUUAAACUCUGGCUUCCACAAAUAUUUCAGUCGAUAAACGAUUAUCAGUCGAAUCACAAUGGUACCAGUACGGACCUAUGCACUAUGUUGGAAGAUUUACAAACACCUGAAGAAGUGGUUGAGGAGAAAAUUAUUUGUAGUGUGAAUACGAACAAUAUGUCCGUUUACACCAACAGUAUGAUUGUAGCAACCACAAGAAUGGUUUGCUGUUUAAUUUGCACAUAUCUAAUUGAAUGGCUAGGAUCUAAAAAACUCGCAAUUACUCUGCCAUUACUGACAGCAGUAUUCUCGGCUGGUUUGUACUUUUCAAGAACACCAAUCGAAGUGCUUGCUCUUUCUUCUCUAGGUUCCUCCAUAGGCAGUGUGGCAGACUUGGUUAUAAUGAAUAUUACUGUUGAAAUGUUUCCAACAACACUCAGGUAUGUAUGACUUCAGUUAAGAUUUUUGUUCAGUAUAACGUGUCAUACUAAGACUCUGCCAUGAACUAUUGAAUAACAUAUUCUACAUGAACCUAAUACUAUAUUCCCGCGUCCAAAAAAAUAUAUGAGUUGAAGUUAGAUACUGUAGCGUCAUCUAUGAGAAUUUGUAACAACAAAUCUACUUUAAAACUGUCAGUAUCUCAUAUACGGUGAGGAUCAAAUUUUACUGACGUAAAAUGUACGAGAGAGAAGCGUGCAAUAUGUAUGUUAGAAAGAGUGCGCCGAUGGCAACGCGGCAAGCUGCAGCCGCGUCUGUGGCCUCGUCACUCGGGUUGCUAGCCAACGAGGUGCUUCUAUCUCUUUCUAACACACGUAUUGCACGCUUCUCUCUGUAGUAAUAUAAACGGUGUUUUAACUAAUUUACAGCAAUAAACAAUAUAAAAAACAGCGUCAAGUAAUUGCACUUUCCACGGGACGCUGCUUAACUAUGAACAUGUGUAACAAAAUAAUUAAACGGAUCAAAUCAGUCAUAUAAGCCCGUACAGUCAGUCUGUUUAUUCAAGAAAGCCAUUAAACCAAGACAAUUAGUAGCGCGUGUUCAGUGCGUAAUUACCGUGGUUGGCACCACAUGAAUAUAGGGACGGCAAACAUUCUGACGUACCCUCUACCACCUCCUGCAACCCUCAACUGGUCGCUAUAAAAAUGUUUCAUCAAUGAAUAUAACACUUCCUGGUCAAUGGCGUGGGAAGUAAAAGGACUAUGACAUUUAUUUGAAUUGUUCAAUGGUAAUAAUAAUAGACCUUUAUUGUACCUGGAAGUUUCAGCUAUAAAGCCGCUCUGACCACCAACCAGGGAAUGACAUUAAUCGGACUCGCAAAUUAUAUAGUGAUCUUCUCAUGUAAUGUACUGUUUUUUAUUGAAGGACUGUAGCAAUAGCCCUCCAAUUGAUGACAGGACGUUUAGGAACUUUAGCAGGAAAUAUCACGUUUCCAUAUCUGCUGAAUACGGGAUGUGCCCCACCAUUUGCC